AUGGGAUCAAAGGUGUCGAAAGGGUUGAAUAACGAGGCCCUGGAAACGCACAACCAGUUGCGUAAACGUCAUGGCGUUCCGCCAUUAAAAUACAGCAAACGGUUGGCUUCAGGUGCCCAGUCCCACGCCAAGUACCUAGCAAAGCACAAUCUGUUCGAGCACAGCGCGGCCAACAAUUACGGCGAAAAUCUCUAUGUCCUCAAGGGUCCGGUGGACAUUCAGGUAAAAGGUUAG